AAUCAAUCCUGGUAGAAGCUGUCUAUACCACACCUCUGCUCAGUGUUCCUCAAGAACCAGUGAGGGAUAGACACAGCAAAUAAAGCGAUACUGCUAUGAGAUGGCAAGGAAACUCACUGUAUUGGAAGUCCUUCUGAUCAUCUUCUUCCUAACUGUGCUGGCCUUAGAUAUCUUCUUGAUGUUUUUUGUGUUUGAGAAAACUGAAGAGGCUGCAUUUGUUCCAGAAUGCCCAGAGAUCCCUGAGUCAGAGAGGAUAGACUGUGCUCCAGGACAGGUGGUGUCCGAGAAUGUCUGCAGCCAGCAACAUAAGUGCUGCUGGAAACCUGUGCCAGAUAUUAAUGUCCCCUGGUGCUUCUUCCCCAGGAACUGGGGCUAUCACAUCAUCAGUAGACAGAAUGAUACAAAGACAGGGUUUACAGCCCAGUUGGAAAAGUUGUCAUUCCCAUCUCUGUUUGGAUAUGAUGUCAAGGAGGCUGGCUUCACAGCUGAAUAUCAGACAUCCAAUCGUUUUCACUUUAAGAUCAAUGAUAUCAACAACAGACGCUAUGAAGUUCCCUCUGAAAUUAUUAACCUGUCUGAUAGGACCACCAAGACCUCCAAUUUGAACUAUUAUGUAGAGGUCAUUGAUAAGCCCUUCAGCUUCAAAAUAAUGAGGACAAGCAACAAAAGAGUCUUAUUGGACACGAGCAUCGGGCCCCUGCAGUUCGCCCAGCAGUACCUGCAGUUGUCCUUCCGACUGCCCAGCACUGCUGUGUAUGGGCUGGGGGAGCAUGUGCACCAAGAGUACCGCCACAACAUGACCUGGAAGACCUGGCCCAUCUUCACUCGCGAUGCCGCGCCCACCAAGGGAAUGAUUAAUCUGUAUGGAGCUCAUACAUUCUUCCUGUGCCUUGAAGACACCAGCGGCUCCUCUUUUGGGGUGUUUCUGUUGAACAGUAAUGCCAUGGAGGUCACGCUGCAGCCUGCUCCUGCGAUCACUUACCGCACAAUUGGGGGCAUCCUUGACUUUUACAUAUUCCUGGGAAAUACUCCAGAACAAGUGGUUCAGGAGUAUCUGGAGCUCAUUGGACGACCAUUCAUGCCUCCCUACUGGAGUCUUGGGUUCCAGCUUAGUCGCAGGAACUAUGGUGGCAUCAAUGGGUUGAAGAAGGUUGUGGAUCGAAAUCGUGUAGCUCAGAUCCCUUAUGAUGUCCAGUACUCUGACAUAGACUACAUGGAUGGAAAUAAGGAUUUUACUACUGAUGAAAAGGCUUUCCCUAAUCUUUCAAAUUUUAUCAAUGACUUACAUAAGCAAGGACUGAAAUAUGUAAUCAUUAUGAAUCCUGGCAUCUUAAAUAACUCUGACUACCAGCCCUAUAUGAAUGGAAGCCACAAGAGAGUAUGGAUCUUGGGGGACAAUGGCUUUGUCGUUGGGCAGGGAUACCCCGGAAGGACAGUGUUUCCUGAUUAUAGUAAUCCGACUUGCACUCAGUGGUGGACGGAGCAGUUCAGUGAAUUUCAUAAAACUCUCAAGUUUGAUGGAGUAUGGAUUGAAAUGGAUGAAGUAUCCAGCUUUCUCCACGGUUCCGAUGGCGAGUGUGAACAUAAUACCUUCAACUUUCCUCCUUUUACUCCCCGGAUUCUGGACCGCUUGCUUUUUGCAAGAACCCUGUGCAUGGAUGCGGAAUUUCAGUGGGGUCUUCAUUAUGAUGUCCACAGUCUGUACGGCUACUCCAUGGCAAAAGCAACAGACUCGGCCAUGAAGAAUAUCUUCCCCAACAAAAGUAACUUGAUCUUAUCCCGUUCUACUUUUGCUGGAUCUGGCAAAUAUGCUGCACAUUGGUUGGGGGACAAUGCAGCCACAUGGGAUGAUCUCCGAUGGUCCAUCCCUAGUAUCCUUGAGUUCAACCUGUUUGGUAUCCCCAUGGUAGGUGCCAACAUCUGUGGCUACACAAAAGAUGUCACAGAGGAGCUCUGCACAAGAUGGAUGCAGCUUGGAGCAUUUUAUCCACUAUCGAGGAAUCACAAUGGGCCUGGGUUCAGGGACCAGGAUCCUGCUGCCUUUGGUGAACACUCUCUGUUGGUGAAUUCCUCCAGAUAUUAUCUGAACAUCCGCUACACCCUGCUGCCCUACCUCUACACGCUUUUCUACCGAGCUCACACCCGGGGGGACACUGUAGCGAGGCCCCUGGUCCAUGAGUUCUACCAGGACCCAGCUACUUGGGGCAUACAUGAGCAGUUCCUAUGGGGGCCUGGACUCCUCAUCACGCCUGUUUUAUAUGAGGGUGUGGACCGAGUGAAAGCAUACAUACCGGACGCCAUCUGGUACGACUAUGAGACAGGGGUAGCCAUCCAGUGGAGGAAACAAUUGGUGGAGAUGCUGCUGCCACUUGAUAGGAUAGGACUUCACCUCCGAGGGGGCUUCAUAUUUCCCAUCCAACAACCCAGCACAACCACCGAGGCCAGUCGAAAGAAUUCCCUGGGACUCAUUGUUGCCUUGGACUACAAGAGACAGGCACGGGGCGAGCUGUACUGGGAUGAUGGUGUAUCUAAUGAUGCUGAAAAGAAGUAUAUUCUAUAUGAUUUUUCUGUCAGCUCUAAUCGUCUACAGGCAAAGACUGUAAAUAAUAACUAUAUGGACCCUAACAACCUCAUGUUUACAGAUAUCAUAAUCUUAGGAAUGGACAAGAAACCUACUGAUUUUACUGUCUUACAUAGUAAUUCUGCCACCUCCGUCUCAAAUGUUGCCUACAAUGUUUCAUCAAAGAUGGUGAAGAUCAGUGAUCUCAAGGGACUGGCACUUGGUCAGAAUUUCUCCAUCGAAUGGAAACUUCCAGUCAGUGACCUGGAGAAAUUCAACUGCUACCCUGAGGAUUCUAAGGUGUCUGAGGAGAGUUGCCGGCAGCGGGGGUGCCUUUGGGAGAGCACAAAUGUUCCUGAUGUGCCCACCUGUUACUACGACACCAUCCCUAGUUAUGCCGCCAGUAACAUUCAGUACCUGCCUACGGGCAUCACCACAAAACUUGCCCACCUGGGGGCCCCUGAAUCAGCCCGAGCAGCCACUGCCUCUGGCUCUCUCUCUGCGACAAUCAGCUUCCUCCAGUUGAGCGUGAUCUACCACACAGAGUACAUGCUGCAGUUCAAGAUCUUUGAUUCCACGAACAAAAGGUACGAGGUCCCCGUGCCUCUGAACACCCCUCCCUCUCCAGUUGGCUCCCCUGAAGACCGUCUGUAUGACGUCAAGAUUCAAAACAAUCCUUUUGGGAUCCAGAUUCAAAGAAAAAGCUCUGGCACUGUGAUUUGGGAUUCUCAGCUGCCUGGCUUCACCUUCAACGACAUGUUCCUCUCCAUUUCUACUCGCCUCCCCUCUCAGUACAUCUAUGGCUUUGGGGAGAUGGAGCACACAGCUUUCAGAAGAAAUAUGAGCUGGACCACGUGGGGAAUGUUUGCUCGUGAUGAGCCCCCAGCAUACAAGAAGAAUUCCUAUGGCGUCCACCCCUACUACAUGGCACUGGAGGAAGAUGGCAGCGCCCAUGGGGUGCUCCUGCUAAACAGCAAUGCCAUGGAUGUGUCAUUCCAGCCCACUCCUGCCCUGACAUACCGCACCACAGGAGGGAUUUUGGACUUUUAUAUGGUUUUGGGGCCAACCCCUGAACUCGUAACUCAACAAUACACUGAGUUGAUUGGUCGGCCAGCAAUGACUCCAUACUGGGCCUUGGGAUUCCAGCUAAGUCGCUAUGGAUACCAGAAUGAUACUGAGAUCUCCCAAUUGUAUGAGGCAAUGAUGGCGGCACAGAUUCCCUAUGACGUCCAGCACGUAGACAUCGAUUACAUGGACCGGAAGCUGGACUUCACUCUCAGCUCCAGCUUCAAAAACCUCAGCUUCUUGAUUGAGCAAAUGAAGAAUAAUGGCAUGAGAUUCAUUCUCAUUCUGGACCCAGCUAUUUCUGGCAACGAGACCAAGUAUGAGCCAUUCACCAGAGGGGAGGAAAACAAUGUGUUCAUCAAAUGGCCCAACAGUAAUGACAUUGUCUGGGGAAAGGCUUGGCCAGAACUGCCCAAUGUGAAUGUGGAUACAUCCCUUGACCAUGAAACUCAGGUUAAGCUGUACAGAGCCAACGUUGCUUUUCCAGACUUCUUUCGUAAUAGUACAGCCGCAUGGUGGAAGAUGGAAAUCAAAGAGCUCUAUGAAGAUUUCCAAAAGCCAGGGAAGAACUUGAAGUUUGAUGGACUGUGGAUUGAUAUGAACGAGCCAUCAAACUUUGUGGAUGGAUCUGUCAGGGGCUGCAGUGAUGAAAUUCUUAAUAAUCCACCCUAUAUGCCAUAUUUGGAGUCCAGGGAAAAGGGCCUGAGCAGCAAGACCCUGUGCAUGGAGAGUGAGCAGAUCCUGCCAGAUGGCUCGCGGGUGCGGCACUACGACGUUCACAGCCUGUACGGAUGGGCCCAGACCAGACCCACCUACGAAGCUGUGCAGGAAGUGACGGGAAAGCGAGGGGUCGUCAUCACGCGCUCCACGUUCCCCUCUUCUGGCCGCUGGGGAGGCCACUGGCUGGGCGACAACACGGCCGCGUGGGACCAGCUGAGGAAAUCCAUCAUCGGCAUGAUGGAGUUCAGUCUCUUUGGAAUAUCGUAUACAGGAGCAGAUAUUUGUGGCUUCUUUGGAAAUGCUGAAUAUGAGAUGUGUGUUCGCUGGAUGCAACUGGGGGCCUUUUAUCCCUUUUCCAGAAACCACAACACCAUCGGGACCAGGAGACAAGAUCCUGUGGCCUGGAAUUCAACCUUUGAGAUGUUCUCCAGAAAAGUCCUUCAGAUCAGAUACACCCUGCUGCCCUACCUCUACACUUUGAUGCAUAAAGCUCAUGUUGAGGGCAGCACUGUCGUCCGACCCCUUUUCCAUGAGUUUACGAAUGAUAACAAAACGUGGGAUAUAGACUGUCAGUUCAUGUUGGGUCCUGCCCUCUUAAUCAGCCCUGUGCUGAAAAGUAAUACUUUUGCGAUUCCUGCUUAUUUUCCCAAAGCCCAUUGGUAUGACUACAGCACGGAAACUGGCAGUGUGUCGACAGGUAAGUGGAAAACCCUGGGCGCACCCCUUGACCACAUCAACCUUCACAUCAGAGGAGGCUACAUCCUGCCUUGGCAAGAGCCCGCAAUGAACACUCAAGCCAGUCGACAAAAAUUUAUGGGAUUGAUUGUUGCUUUGGAUGACAAUGGGAAAGCUGAAGGCCAGAUAUUCUGGGAUGAUGGACAAAGCAUUGAUACCUAUGAAAAUGGAAACUAUUUCUUGGCAAAUUUUACUGCAGCUCAGAAUCUAUUGCAAAUCCAGACCAUACACAAUAAGUAUCUGAGUGACUCAAAUCCACUGAAAGUCGGAUAUAUUAAAAUCUGGGGAACAAGCUCUACUUCUGUGAUACAGGUCACUCUCAUCUAUGACAACCAGAAAAUUACAGUGGUGAAUUUUACGAGUGAACCUUACAGUCAGAAGCUGACUAUUCAACUUACCGACAAGAUUAUCAGCCUAGAAAAGCUAACAGAUGUUAAAUGGAUAUAUGAAGGCCCUACAGUUUCUACUACAACUAUGACAAGUACCUUCCCCACAAGUUCUCCACAUCCUUCUACAAUUUCUACUACAGCUACCACUUUUGAGACUAUUAUCACUAGUUCUGUUUAUACCAGUAGCACUCUUGCUAUCCCAACCACUACUUUCUCAGCAAGUACUACUGAAGUUACAACUAGUAUUACUGGUCCUAAUACCACUACAUCUUUCCUAACAAGUACUACUGAAGUUAUAACUAAUCCUAAUGUUUCUGAUAGCACUACGCCUUCCCCCACGAAUACCACCGCUAGCAAUAGUUCGCUUCCUACCACGGACACUCCCUUCCCCACAGGUACUACUGCCUUUACUACUACAACCACCCCUUACAGCACUACGCCUUCCCCCACCCCCACGAACACCACCCCUAGCAAUAGUACUCUUCCUACAACGGAUACUCCCAUCCCCACAGGUACUACUGCCUUCACUACUACCACCGCCCCUUACAGCACUACGCCUUCCCCCACGCCCACGAUCACGACCACUAGCAAUAGUACUCUUCCUACCACGGACACUCCCUUCCCCACAGGUACUACUGCCUUUACUACUACCACCGACCCUUACAGCACUACGCCAUCCUCCACUCCCACAAACACGACCGCAAGCAAUAGUACUCUUCCUACCACGGACACUCCCUUCCCCACAGGUACUACUGCCUUUACUACUACCACCGCCCCUUACAGCACUACGUCAUCCCCCACGCCCACGAUCACGACCACUAGCAAUAGUACUCUUCCUACCACGGACACUCCCUUCCCCACAGGUACUACUGCCUUUACUACUACCACCGCCCCUUACAGCACUAUGCCAUCCUCCACUCCCACGAACACGACCGCAAGCAAUAGUACUCUUCCUACCACGGACACUCCCUUCCCCACAGGUACUACUGCCUUUACUACGACCACCGCACCUUACAGCACUACGUCAUCCCCCAUGCCCACAAACACGACCACUAGCAAUAGUACUCUUCCUACCACGGACACUCCCUUCCCCACAGGUACUACUGCCUUUACUACUACCACCGACCCUUACAGCACUACGCCAUCCCCCACGCCCACGAACACGACCGCAAGCAAUAGUACUCUUCCUACCACGGACACUCCCUUCCCCACAGGUACUACUGCCUUUACUACUACCACCGACCCUUACAGCACUACGCCUUCCCCCACGCCCACGAACACGACCGCUAACAAUAGUACUCUUUAUACCACGGACACUCCCUUCCCCACAGGUACUACUGCCUUUACUACUACCACAGACCCUUACAGCACUACGCCUUCCCCCAUCCCCACGAACACGGCCGCUAACAAUAGUACUCUUCCUACCACGGACACUCCCUUCCCCACAGGUACUACUGCCUUUACUACUACCACAGACCCUUACAGCACUACGCCUUCCCCCAUCCCCACGAACACGGCCGCUAACAAUAGUACUCUUUCUACCACGGACACUCCCUUCCCCACAGGUACUACUGCCUUUACUACUACCACAGACCCUUACAGCACUACGCCUUCCCCCAUCCCCACGAACACGGCCGCUAACAAUAGUACUCUUCCUACCACGGACACUCCCUUCCCCACAGGUACUACUGCCUUUACUACUACCACAGACCCUUACAGCACUACGCCUUCCCCCAUCCCCACGAACACAGCCGCUAACAGUAGUACUCUUCCUACCACGGACACUCCCUUCCCCACAGGUACUACUGCCUUUACUACUACCACCGACCCUUCCAGCACUACGCCUUCCCCCAUGCCCACGAACAGCACCACUAGCAAUAGUACUCUUCCUACCACGGAUACUCCCAUCCCCACAGGUACUACUGCCUUCACUACUACCACCGCCCCUUAUAGCACUACACCUUCCCCCACGAACACGACCGCUAGCAAUAGUACUUUUCCUACCACGGACACUCCCUUCCCCACAGGUACUACUGCUUUUACACCUACUACCACUGCCCCUUACAGCACCACACCAUCCCCCACGAACACGGCCGCUAGCAAUAGUACUCUUCCUACCACGGACACUCCCUUCCCCACAGGUACUACUGCCUUUACACCUACUACCACCGCCCCUUACAGCACUACGCCUUCCCCCACAAACACGACCACUAGCAAUAGUACUCUUCCUACCACGGACACAUCCUUCCCGUCAAGUACUAAUACCUUUACACCUACAACUACCAUCCCUUAUAGCACUAUGCCUUCCCCUACAAGUGUCACUACUACUAACACUAGUGCUACCUUUCCUAUCACAAGCAGUCCCUUCCCAGCAAGCACUAUUGAAGUUACAGCUAGUACUGCUGUUACUAAUACCACUGUGCUUUCCCCUAUAAGUACUACUGCUCACACUAGUACUACUCUUCCUGUCAUAACCACUCAUUUCCCAACAAGUAAUACUGAUGCUAACACCAAUACUACUGUUCUAAUUGCCACUACUCUUUCCCCAAUAAGUACAGAUACUACUAGCACCAGUAAUACUGAUCCCAUUACAACCACUCCUUCUAUGAAUAGUAGUGCCAGUAGUAUUCUCAAUAGUUUUCCUAGUACGACUCCUUUUUCUGUAACUACUCAUGUUAUGAACACUACUGUUGCUAUGGUAACCACUUCUAUAAGUACUGAUGUUGCUAGCACUGGCAACCAUACUCCUAUUACCAGUUCUCCUUCCCCUACAAUAUCUGGUGGUAAUAGUACUAGUAAUACUAUUCCUACAGUAUCUAUUUCUUCUACAGAUAUUCACUCUAUUAGCACUAAUACCAUAGCUAUCUCUACCACCAAUACUAUAAAUAAUACAGGGCAGGCAGUAAAUAUCACUGAUGCAGAUAACUCUAGCAGUGUUCCAGGUAAUACUCCACAUGUUUCUAUUCCAAAUACCACAAUAGCCUUAGACACAUCAAUGACUACUCUUGUAGACACAACAACUCACCAUCAGGUAAAAAACUCUACAGUCAGUUAUUUACCUAUUAUUACAACUAAUGCUACCACCAGUAUUAUAAAUACUACCACAUAUGUUCUAAAUACUAUCAUUCUUGAUAGAACAACAAUGAAUGCUUCUGCUACCAAACCAACUUAUAUUGAAAAUGCCAUAAAUGCUACUCUAGUUCCAUGAUUACUAUCCACAGCAUCAUAAUUACUACAGACAUCUCUUUAAAACAACUAUUACAGAUAUAAAAAUCAAUAAAAGAUACAUGAUUUUAUGCUAUGUAAGUUUUCACAGAUAUUAACACCAGUUUUUAUAAAUAUGGCUACUCCAAGCACUAUAGACACAGCUGAUAUGUCCAAAGCUACAUCCAUGACUAUUUUUAGAAGUAUAAUUAAAGAAACCAUGGAUACUUCUUCUGCAGCCAGAAUAUGUACUCUAAAAAUUAUGAGCCCUAUAGACUUAUCAAUUAAAUGGUACAUAUUUUAUAUAUCCUUGCUAGAGACUUCAUAGAUGAUUUUGGUAUCUCAGAAAGUACCAUAUUAGUGUCUGUAAAUACUAUUGCUUUAGAUGUAGUUAUUAAAGUAGCCUAACUUGUUCUUAGGUUAUGGGAUAUGAUACCAUAACUGAAAGCACUGGUGAUAUGUAGCACUCAUAUGGCUACUGUAGCAACAGUUGUUAAUAUUAUAGUAAUUAUUUAAUUAGUAAUGUUAAAAAUCAUGCCUUAUUUUCCUAUGGAUUUUUCCACAUACCAUGGCUACCAAUAGAAUAAUACACUAUUACACAUCCUGAUAAUAUCCUCACUUCUAAAACAAUCCUAGGUAUAACCAUAGAUAUGGAAAGUGCUACCACUGUAGAUCUUGUAUAUAUUUGGACUCCAAGAACUAAAAUAAUUAAAUUAAAAAUGUUGGAUGUUACUUUUACUAUCAUAGGAAAUAAAAAUGUGAUUAUAGAUGUUAAAAACAUAACUUCCUAAUCUUUGCAACCACUACUUCCAUAGGAACUACUGAUACUCUUACUGCAAAUUUGAUAAGUACUUUUAUUUACAAACCUUAAAUGCACUUCCAGGAAAUUAACAGUCAGUUUUCCUUAGGAGAUAAUCUUAGGGUCCUUGCUGUUAUCCUGAAUGACUGGAUUCAAUUACAAAUCUCUAACUCUUCUGUAGACUAGAAAUGACUCAGGUGGAGAUGAAUAUUUAAAGAUAUGGCUUAGGGGAGAUAGUCUCUACCCUGGGAUUGGAUUUCUUGUAGACUUUUAAUUAGUUAUAAUCUUGUUUACUUUUUCUCCUAUCUACCAGCUUUUCCCUUAUUACUUCACUGUGAACUCCCCUUCUGUGUUAGGACUUUCAUCAUGUUCUUGGUCGUUCAUAUCCAAAUUUACUCUUUAUCCUUGGUCUGUUACUUUCUUAGAUCAGCCAGACCCCAUAAAUAGACUCAUGGUCAUAACCAAAUAUAGCCAGUUGAAUGCAAUUGAAGACAUAAUCCUAGGACAGUAUUCUCAAAAUGUAGUUUGGAGACCCAUGGAGGCCAUAGAACUCUUUCUGGGGUUCACAAGGUCAAAUCUGUUUUCACAAUACUAUGCUUUUCUAUUCCUUUUUAACUUUCAUCCUCUAUUAGUAGACAGUGGCAUUUUCCAGAGACUUUAUGCUGUGUGGUGUUGCUAUAGAUGAAUACAGAAACAAUUUUAAGAUCUACCUGUAUCUAUUGAGAUAGACAUUAAACAGAUUUACAAAAUAUAAAAUAUCAUUCUUUUCACAAUUUUAUUCUUUGAAAAUAUAUUUGUUUUUCAUAAAAAUAUUUUAUUUAUGUGAACAUGCAGUUGAUAUAUUGUUAUUUUUAAUGAAUGAAAAAAUAAAUAUUUUACAAAGUA